GCUAAGACGUAGGAACAAGCUGGAAGCAGAGGCUGGCGCUGGAGCUCGGGGGGCGGGGAGCUCAACAGUUAGCAAAAGUGCUCCGCUGCCGACCUGGGGAGCUGGCGAGCUCCGGAGCGGCCUCCGAACAGCUUCUCCUGCUCUUGGGACAGCUCUAGGGCACUUCGGGCGCUGGUCCCCCGUUGCACUUUGGAGGCGGGGAUCCCUCCCUCCACUUUUCUCCAAUUUUGCAUUGCGAGGGACCUUUCGCUGGGUACGGUUCUGGGCUCCGGACAUGCCCCAAGAUCUUUUUUUGACAGUUCGGGGCUCGCCCAACCUGCCUUGCCCGGGGUUUCGGGAGUAAAGUCCUCGAUUGAGGUGGUGGGGGUCCCCCAGGCCAGGGAGAAGAAGUGGCCUGGCUGGGGGAGCCCGAGGAUACUCUGACUUGGCAGGGGGCGGAGGAGGUCCGGAGCUGCAAAAUCCCCAUUUUCAUUCCCAUCAAGCCGCCAGGGCUCCCUGCUUCAUUGCAAACCUGAGGUCGGGAGAUGAGCACCCAGCUGGACCGCCUGUCGGUGACCUCGUCCUCCACCGGCUCUCUGGGCUCGGCUGCCGGGGCGGCGGCCGGCUCGGCUGGCAGCGGGCUUCGGCUGCUGUCGGGCAACGUGCGCAAGCUGCACCAUGCACUCAACUUGCUGCUGAGCGAUGCGGAGCGGGAGCAGUUUACCCAUUGCCUGAAUGCUUACCACUCGCGGAGGAAUGUCUACGACCUGGUGCGGACCCUGCGCCUGCUGCUUGACAGCCCCGACAAGCGGCAGCUGCUCCCCAUGCUGCGCCUGGUCAUCCCGCGCUCCGACCAGCUGCUCUUCGACCAGUACACGUCUGAGGGGCCCUACCUCAAGUCUCACCUCGUAUCGGCCCCCGGGGGCACCAACGGGGCCGGCCCGGGGCUGCUGGACGGUGCGGCCGCUGCCUCUCCUCCUCCUGCCGCCUACUGGCUCCCGCAGCCCCAGUCACUGUCCAGCCGACCGUCCCAAGUGGACUUCGGCCCUGGCCCCGAGGGGGCGCCUCUGGAGGAGCUGCGUGGGGAGGUCCGACUCGUGAGUCUCAGGAGAAGUAAGACCAACGAGGGUCUCGGCUUCAGUAUCCGAGGUGGCUCUGAGCACGGCGUGGGAAUUUACGUGUCCCUUGUGGAACCAGGUUCCCUGGCGGAGAAGGAAGGGCUAAGGGUGGGUGACCAGAUCCUAAGAGUAAACGACAAGUCUUUGGGCCGAGUGACCCAUGCUGAGGCAGUCAAGGCACUGAAAGGGUCCAAGAAGCUAAUCUUGUCUGUGCAUUCUGUCGGGCGCAUCCCAGGGGGCUACGUUACCAACCACAUCUAUACUUGGGUAGAUCCUCAUGGCCGAAGUAUCUCUCCCCCUGGGGGGCUUCCCCAGCACCACAGCAGCUCCCUCCGGAGACAGGAAGGAGAGAGGAGGAGUAUCCUGCAGUUUCUUCCAGAGGGAGAUGAGAAAAAGGUAAACUUGGUACUUGGUGAAGGAAGGUCUCUGGGCCUCAUGAUACGAGGAGGAGCCGAAUAUGCUUUGGGGAUUUAUAUCACUGGUGUGGAUCCAGGGUCCGAAGCGGAAAGCGGUGGUCUCAAGGUCGGGGACCAGAUUCUGGAAGUCAACGGGAGGAGUUUCUUGAACAUUCCCCAUGAUGAAGCUGUCAAGCUGCUGAAAUCAUCAAAGCAUCUCAUCAUGACAGUGAAGGAUGUGGGGAGGCUGCCCCAUGCCCGAACCACUGUGGAUGAGACCAAAUGGAUUGCCAGCUCCCGGAUUGAAGAAACGUUGGUGAACUCAUCAGGGAUACCUGGGGAUCUCACAGGAGAAGCAACAGCAAAGCUGGGAUUCUACAAGGGGCCAGCCAGGUCCCAGGUUACCCUGAGCAGCAUGGUCAACCAGACCCGGGUCGUCUUAGAGGAGCAAGCCCGGCAUCUGCUGAAUGAACAGGAGAGAGCAACCAUGGGCUAUUACCUGGAUGAGUACAAGGAAAAUAACAUCCAUGUGGAUGCCCUCAUCAUGGCUCUGUUCGAGCUACUCAACACCCAAGCCAAGUUUUCCCUUCUCUCUGAGGUGAGGGGGCUGAUCUCCCCCCAUGACCUCGAUCGCUUUGACAACAUGGUGCUGAAACGGGAGAUUGAGUCCAUGAAGGCCCGGCAGCCAUCCUGCACUGGCACGGAUGCUUAUUCUGUGGUGUCUUACAGUGACACUGGUUCCUCCUCUGGGAGCCACGUCACUUCGACCACGGUCAGCUCCGCUCGAGAGCGGCUCUUGUGGUUAAUAGACCUAAUGGAGAAUACUCUGGACCUUGAAGAGACUGGAGAAGUAAUCCAAGGCAGUAUCAAUGCUUUACCAGAUGUUUCCCUGGACGAUAUCGCCUCUCUUUCCGAAGCUUCGCCCAACUUCAAGCCUCCGCCACCACCUCCUUCAGCUCAGUCCCUUGAUUCUUCUGUUCCCCAACAGAGAAAGACUGGGAAAGACCACCCCAAACGACCUUCGUCAGAGUCUUCUCAAUCGGGGCUUUUCUUCACCGCGCCCCGCAACCUCAGCCCACCGCCUGGCCAACCAGGGCCCAGCACCCCCUCCCCCGGAGCCACUUCCUCCACCCAGGGUUCUCUUGCCAGCCCCAUCUAUGCCACAAUUUCUCCAGCCAAUCAUAGCUCGAAGAGACCGAUGGAUGCACAUCUGUCGUUUGUCAACCAGCACCCCAUCGGCCCCUUCCCAAGGGUCCAGUCCCCCACUCAUCUGAAAGGCAUGUCCCCUGAAGCUUCCUCGGGAAGCAGCCUCCCCAGUCCUCCUCUCCCCUCUCCUCCGGCUGUCCCCAUAGCCCCUGAUAAGGCCAGCCCCAAGUCAGGAACAAAUCAUCACUUUGUCAUGGUGGAAGUGCACCGGCCAAACAGUGAGCCAGAUGUGAACGAAGUGAGGGCCUUGCCACAGACUCGAGCUGUUCUCCCGCUAUCGCCCCCAGCAGCUUCUACCCUUUCCCAGCUGUCAGACAGUGGGCAGACCCUCAGUGAGGACAGCGGCGUGGACACCGGGGAGGCGGAGGCCAGCAGCAAGGACCGAGGCCGACAGCAGCCGUCCACGAAGGGCAGAGGCGGCAAGGACCUCCCCCGGAAUGAGGGGGCAGCAGAGGCAGCCGCCAAACCGCCUGGCCUCCUGGAGCCCACGUCCUCUCUGAUCCGCGUGAUGAAGAGCGCCGCCACCUUGGGCAUUGCUAUUGAAGGGGGUGCUAACACGCGACAGCCCCUGCCGCGGAUUGUCACCAUCCAGAGAGGCGGCUCCGCCCACAACUGUGGGAAGCUGAAGGUGGGUCACGUCAUCCUGGAGGUGAAUGGCGUGGCGAUGCGGGGCAAGGAGCACCGGGAGGCUGCCCGCAUCAUCGCUGAAGCCUUCAAGAUGAAGGACCGCGACUACGUGGACUUCCUGGUUACUGAGUUCAAUGUGAUGCUUUAGGGGAAGGACGCCCAGAGCCAAGUGGAAAGAUGGUCCCAGGGAGAGUGCCCAGGAUCCGGUAGCUGAGUCCAGCGGAGGCGCUGAGGAUUGCGUGGUUCUGCCCCAGAUCCACAUCAGACGCUCCUUCCCAGAUCUCCUAGUGCCCCCUCCCUCUCCCAGGCUGGCUCUGGCAAGGUGACCGUGACAUGCCCCUUCCAUCCAGCCUGACCCCCAGCCCAGAUUAGGACCUGUUGACUCUCCUUGCCCUCAGGGAGGGUCCUGUUCCUGGGCACACGGUCAGCCUGGCUGCUGGCAGACAGACAGACAGACAAACAGACAAACAGAUCUUAGCAUCCCCUGGCCUAGCAGUCAGCCCCAACAGAGCUCAGAGUGCCGGAAGGAAGAUGGGGAAGUAGGAAAGGAUGUAGAAAAAGACCCAAGGGGAGGGGAAGAAAGAACUCCAAGGAAAGAGCAGAAAAGGAGGCAGGAGAAGUUUAAGCUUUUGCUCAUCCUUCCCCUGACCUGUUUACAGUUAUCACUACUUGGCUCCACCUCUGUGUUAAGGAACAUUUCUUGUCUUUACCAUAUGUGCAGCUCCGUUGUCCUUUCCCUUCACCGUGAACCCUUCUUAAUCCCUUCUGAGUCAGGUCAGAUGCUCUCCUUACCUACCUGCUCUGGUCUCUUCCCCAUGUUCCUCCAUCAUCCUCUUUGAAGAGAGGAUUAUAUCCCAUCUACCCAGAAGAGCUUGGCUCCCUUCAAUAUCCCUUCUCCUUCCCUCUAAGAAACAGUUAGCCAGAGCAGGGGUGAAGAGAGAGCUCUGGGGCCCUGGCUGCUGGAGGAUGUCCCAGGAAAUGCCCUACAGCAAUCUUAGUGCCACAGACUGGGUGGGCAGCAAGUGCCCUCCUGCCCUGGCUGUUUGUUCCACCCAGCUUACUUCUCUGCUCUCUUAUUUAUUAUUUAUUUUCUAGCCUGUCAGCCAUGGAUCCCAAGCUCCCCUCCUUUCCAGCAGCUAUCCUGUCUGGUCACCCUGUGCACAGCCUAACAAUGGAUGCCUUGUAAAUGGCCAGCAAUGUCAGUGUAUUUAUAUAAAGAGCUUGUGACUUUAAUUUUUCAAUAAAUCUAACAUGUUAGGAAAAA